AUGGAUAAGCAAACUAGUUAUGUAAACCUUAGCUUUAGUCAAUCUCAGACUACAGUGGACCUUGAAUCACCCGAACCUUAUUGGUUCGGUAUCCAAGGUCCUGAUGAGUCAGUUCUCGAGUCUCCUCUCAACUCUGCUGUCGACACUAGUGCCAAGGAGAGGAGGAAAUGGUUCCCAACGGAGGACAAAAUCCUUAUUGGUGUUUGGCUUAACACCAGUAAGGAUGCCGUGGUGAGCAAUGACCAGAAAGCUGGUCGCUUCUGGAAGAGGAUUGUCGACUACUACAACAACUGCCCGCAACUGGUGGGAACAACAUCUAGAGAGCUGAAUCAGUGCAAGCAGAGGUGGGCUAGGAUUAACGAGCAAGUCAGCAAGUUCGUUGGAUCAUAUGACGCGGCUCUGAGGGAGCAGAGAAGUGGUCAAAAUGAUGAUGACGUGAUGAAAGCUGCUCUAUAG